AUGCAUUGCCGCUACCUCGGCAAGCUUCUCUCCGUCUCCCGCCAUCAUCUCCGUGAGCGUGGGCGUCGCACAACUCAACUCCCGUGGACUUACUUCCCUCUCAACCCCGCCUACAAGAACUUCGUCGCGUUCAGUCUCAGCAAGGAUGCGACCCCUGUGUUGGAGGAGGAGAUCAUGGUAUUGAUAGGACUCAGCAGCGCGCGCCACGAGCAUGGCGAUGAGAAGAGUCGUUUGAAUGAGCUUGAAAUAGAGGGACAAGACCAAGGCAUCCUUCACAUUAUAGGUCUAGCAGUCAAUCUCCUCUUCCAACGCCUUCAUCUCUCCAUCCUACCAGCAAGAUCUGGAACAUCGCCCCAAAAGCACAACCUCAUCAGUCCAGCAACUCCCCUCCUCGAUUCCCUUCCGUUGCUUCUCCACCAUUCUCAAGGUACCGCUACAAGUUCCGAAAAACCUCGCCAGAUACAUGCUCCACCCAAACCACCUCAUAUCAUUCAAGAGGCCAUGUAUAUAUCUUCUUCCCCCAAACCUCAGCCGGAAGUAAAGGAUGAGAGCCAUCAUUGGCUUUCAAGCCUUGCUCAGUCGCUGUUGCCGCUGGCUGAUGAAGAAGGCGAUAGCAGCCUUCGCGCCCGUGGAUCUGAACCCCGUUAUGACGAUAGCGACGAUGCGGAGAUCGUUCCGGUUAAAAAAACGCAAGAUCACCUCAGGUCACCCCAAACCUAUGAGGAUUGA